AUGCCGAAAAAAGCCAAAUAUUCAGAGGAUGAAAUGCAACUGGCUGUCAAAGCCUACUAUCAAAGAAAAAAACCAAAAAUCGCCCCAUUGGCGCGAGAAUUCUCUGUUCUGUACACAACCCUCUACGCGCGCGUCCAUGGUGGCAAGACUCAUUCCGACCGUACCGACCUUUCUAAAACACUUAGUCCAAUUCAGGAAAAGGCACUUAUUAGCUGGGUCACUUUGCUAGAUGCCAAUUAUAUUCAACCUACACCCGAAGAGAUUGAAGAGACUGUAAACCGACUUUUACAACGCGCGGGUGUUGACAUUUCCGUCGGUCACAACUGGACUACCCCCCACCUCAAAUAUAUCACACAAAAACCUAAGGAAAAGGCGCGUAUGGAUAGUGAGAGUAUUGAGGGUCUUACUCUCUGGUUUCACCAUUUCUUAAAGGUCAUGGAAGAGUACAAACUCCUACCUCAUGAGAUUUACAAUUGGGAUAAGACCGGCUACCAAAUUGGCCAAGGAAAGCCACGUAAAGUUGUAUCUUCUCGUUCGACUAGUCAUAUUGCUACCGGUGGUCUCGCUGAAUCAAUUACUGGUAUUGAAUGCAUUGCUGUAGAUGGUUGGGCGAUGCUACCGUGGUUCUUAGUGAAAGGAUGCCGGCAGAUAGAAGAAUGGUAUACCAAUAUCACAAUUCCCGAUUUUUGUAUUAAACCUACCCCUAAGGGGUGGAUUGAUAACGAUACUGCAUUCAAAUGGCUUUGUUCUUUUCAUGAGGCUACAAAAAACCGGGUCCAAAAGGAUAGGCCCCGUGUUCUUCUAAUAGAUAAUCAUCUAUCUCAUACCUCACUUGAAUUUACUACCUUUUGUACCGACAAAUUCAUUAUCCUAAUCUGGUUUUUACCCCAUACUACCCACCUAUACCAACCUCUCGAUGGCCAGGCAUUCUAA